CCAAACCGUGCUGCGCUCAACACAUUAUUACGUCACUAUCAGAGAUGGCCACAGUUACACUUGUGGAUCUAACACAUCUCAGUUGUCCGGAAUAUGACAUUUGUCUAGAAAAGCGCAUCUCCAAGUUUUGUGCAAUGACUAGGAAUGGGUCACAGGAACGUGUCUUCAUCAUAUUAGACCAACAUGCAGAGAACUCCAUGGGGAUGGACCGCUUUCCCAGAACCGCUAUUCUGGAGAUGUUUGUCGGUAUAAGAGGCAGUUCCCCACAGGUUCUGUGCAAAAGCUCUCUUUCAGCCUCAUUAUACUCAUUCAAACAGGCUAUAGACAAAGAGGACAUCAGUGAUGUAAAGAUCAUUACUUCGAGCCACGGAAGAGAUCUGUUUCAGGUUCACGAGGAGCUCCUCUUCACUUCUGCGUUUAGUUUUGAGUACAUAAUCAUGUUUGACGGUCUGUCCUGUCCGCUGGGUGAUCACACAGUCAUCUGCACUGAUGUUCAACAUGAGGUUACCACGUUUUUACAGCACCUACCAGCAGUCAAAGGAGAUAUUACAAUUCUUAGGUCCUCUAUAAUUUCAGACUGUUUUGCUCACGGCUUCACCACUCGUACCGGAGGUAUAUCUUACAUCAGCACCCUGAGCUCACUCAACCUCUUUUGCAACCCUCGACGCAAAGACUCCAGAGCUGUGGUGGCCGAGAACCUCCGCCGCCUCGGCCUGAAAGCUGGAUUUCAACAUCUUCAAUUCAACCUCAUAAAGUGUAAUCAUGCCAGUGAUGUGUGGGUGAUGGGAAAACCUGCACCCGACAGUUAUGAUGGAUUGGUGACCAAUCAAGUAGGUGUUGUCAUAGCAGCACCAGGGGCUGACUGCAUGCCGCUGCUCUUCACUGACCCUGUGGCAAAGGUCAUUGGAGUAGCACAUGCAGGCUGGAAGGGUACCCUCAUGGGAAUUGCCAUGGCAACAGUGAAAGCCAUGGUGUCCGAGUUUGGCAGUAGGCCUGCAGACAUAGUAUGUUUGAUCGGGCCUUCUGUCGGGCCAUGCUGUUUUACUCUGGAGCAAGAUUUGGCCAGAGAGUUCCAUGCCAUACAUCGAGACUGUGUUAGACACAUGGAGUCACCUACACCUUAUGUUGAUAUCAGACUCGCAACCAGAAUUCUGCUGGAGAGAGGUGGUAUCAAACCAGAACACAUCCAGGAUAUCAGACUGCCACACAAAACCGAUUCCACACUGUGCACCUCCUGCCAACCUGAAUUAUUCUUCUCCCAUGUAAGGGAUGGAAUCAACUUUGGGACACAGAUUGGCUUUCUGUGGAUAAAAGAACCCCAAGAUAUGAAAGAAUCAGACCACUAAUCAAUGCAUUCACUGAUUAAAAUGUGUAGAAACAUUCAUUUGAACAACAAUGGAAAAAACCUUUUUCAAACUCAGAAAUUAUACUACUGUGAACAGUUUUAUAUUUGCAUUGAAACAGGGUGAUUUCCAGGCUUGAAAAUGUCUAAAAGAAAAUUGCUGUGUUGAAUUGUCCAUUGUUUUGUCUGCUCUAAAAUAUUUAAAGGUGCUGUAAGUGAUUUUAGCUGUUCUACUUCCACGAGACUGAGCCGUUGGAUUAGCCACGCCCCUCUCGCCAAAACCCUGCACUCCAAAGAUACCAAAUUAACUUUAUUGAGACCGACUUCAUGCAGAAACUGUUGUUAAAAACAACAGCAGCAAAAUAAUGCCCUUAAAUGAGAUGGUCUAAAGCGUCAUUGUCCGUGGACACAUUUUUGUUUGCUGUUUACAGAGUCUAGAGCUGUAACAGAGACAGGUGAGAUAUCUUACAACACUUAUUUCAGUAAUAUCUCUCAGGGAGUAGAACAUUUUUUGCAUACCUUUCCAUUAAAAAAAAUCGCCUACAGCACCUUAACCUUUAAUUGGCUAGAUACUGCUCAUAAGCCAGUGUGAUAACAUACACUAUAUUGCCAAAAGUAUUCGCUCACCCAUCCAAAUAAUUGAAUUCAGGUGUUCCAAUCACUUCCAUGGCCACAGGUGUAUAAAAUGAAGCACCUAGGCAUGCAGACUGCUUCUACAAACAUUUGUGAAAGAAUGGGCCGCUCUCAAGAGCUCAGUGAAUUCCAGCGUGGUACUGUGAUAGGAUGCCACCUGUGCAACAAGUCCAGUCGUGAAAUUUCCUCGUUACUAAAUAUUCCACAGUCAACUGUCAGUGGUAUUAUAACAAAGUGGAAGCGAUUGGGAAUGACAGCAACUCAGCCACGAAGUAAAAUGACAGAGCGGGGUCAGCGGAUGCUGAGGCGCAUAGUGCGCAGAGGUCGCCAACUUUCUGCAGAGUCAAUCGCUACAGACCUCCAAAGUUCAUGUGGCCUUCAGAUUUGCUCAAGAACAGUGCGUAGAGAGCUUCAUGGAAUGGGUUUCCAUGGCCGAGCAGCUGCAUCCAAGCCAUACAUCACCAAGUGCAAUGCAAAGCAUCGGAUGCAGUGGUGUAAAGCACGCCGCCACUGGACUCUAGAGCAGUGGAGACGCGUUCUCUGGAGUGACGAAUCACGCUUCUCCAUCUGGCAAUCUGAUGGACGAGUCUGGGUUUGGCGGUUGCCAGGAGAACGGUACUUGUCUGACUGCAUUGUGCCAACUGUGAAGUUUGGUGGAUUAUGGUGUGGGGUUGUUUUUCAGGAGCUUGGCUUGGCCCCUUAGUUCCAGUGAAAGGAACUCUGAAUGCUUCAGCAUACCAAGAGAUUCUGGACAAUUCCAUGCUCCCAACUUUGUGGGAACAGUUUGGGGAUGGUCCCUUCCUGUUCCAACAUGACUGCACACCAGUGCACAAAGCAAGGUCCAUAAAGACAUGGAUGAGCGAGUUUGGUGUGGAAGAACUUGACUGGCCUGCACAGAGUCCUGACCUCAACCCGAUAGAGCACCUUUGGGAUGAAUUAGAGCGAAGACUGCGAGCCAGGCCUUCUCGUCCAACAUCAGUGUCUGACCUCACAAAUGCGCUUCUGGAAGAAUGGUCAAAAAUUCCCAUGAACACACUCCUAAACCUUGUGGAAAGCCUUCCCAGAAGAGUUGAAGCUGUUAUAGCUGCAAAGGGUGGGCCGACGUCAUAUUAAACCCUAUGGAUUAAGAAUGGAAUGUCACUUAAGUUCAUAUGCGUCUAAAGGCAGAUGAGCGAAUACUUUUGGCAAUAUAGUGUAUGUCUGUUGAGGACUUAUUGGGUACAUUUCUACAGUAAAAAUUUUCUUUUUAAAUCCGAAGUAUGCUAUUUCUACGACACUAGUCCCAAAAAUAAACACAUUUUUCAAAAUAGCUUUCUGAAUACGCCCCUCAUCUGCAGUUGGUCAAUCAAAGAGAUUGCCCCGACCCAAACUCACACCAUUGGGUGAGUAACGUUAUGGGGCAGUUUUAAGCAUCUCUCAAAACAAACACAGGAAGUUUUAUAGCACUACAGCUGUGUCUCGUUUUGAAGGCUGCGUGCUAUGUAGGAGGCUGCAGUAUACCGAGUGUCCUCCUUUAAACAAGCCUCGUUUAAACGAGACGGCCUUUAUAGGACAAACGGAAAUGGAACGUAACAUGGUUGCUGUGACAGCACGCCACACUUUAACAAGUGCGAGCACUUUGAGUGAGAAGGGAACAAAGUCCCUCUGGAAGGGAAUGUAUGAGGUAAAUUUUAGGAGGGUUAUAAUGAUGUAAAGAGAAAAGAAAAUAGAUUUUACAAGUGUACUUUUAGUCUUAUACUUUAUUUUAAUUAUAUUAUUAAUAUAAUUAUACAUAUUAUAUACUCUGUACCCAUCUACUGAGGUACUUCAACUUGGGAAUUAACAUUAUUUGCAUUUGAACAUCAUAUUUACGGGCAAAUUGGCGUUAUUUUUUUAGACAUUUCCGUUGAAGCAAAGAAUUGUGGGUUGUGAGUGCCCACGAAGGAUACCUCAUGCAUCCUCCGAAUUCCCGUGAAAGAAGGCCACAUUCGAAGGCUGCAUUCGAAGUGUCCUUGAGACAGUCUCGCUGACGUAUGCUGCCGACAAAUGCAACUUCCGGAGGACUCAUGCUGCGUUCAUUUGUCUCGGAAGUCAGAGCCCGGGACUCGGAUCGACGUACCUUAAAAAAAACAAGAAAUCCGAGUUGGAUGCGUUCCUUUUACACACAACACGACAAGUCGGAAAAAAAGAUGGACGCCUCCGGGAAAGUAAUUGUUGCACUAGCUCUUUUGCAGUACAGAGUUCCAUUUGUCAGUUCCGGUCACGGAAUUCGGAAAAUAACUCGGAGCUCCGACUUCCGAGACAAAUGGAACACACGAUCAGCCUUCCAAACGAGACACAGUUAGUGUUUACAGUUUUCAAGAAAAUUAAUCUAUGAAUGGUUUACUAAUUGUCUCUAAAUAUUAAGAUGGGAUGUAUUAAAGUAUUUUACCACCGAAAAAGUUACAUACUUCAUCUUAAAUAUAUUUAACCUAAUCUUUUAAAGAUUGAAACUUGACAUACAAAUGGAAAUAUGCCCAGUAGUCUCUGUAAAA